AUGUCCACGCAAUCCGCCUCCAGUAUCCCCUUCACAUACCGGUUUCCGCAACAGGCAUUCAAGCUGCUGGAGCUCCCGCCAGAACUAGCAGAUCUGCUUUCUUCACAGGAUGCCCCGAUACUAGAGCUCAAAUCACCAUCUCCAUCCAAUACUGCCAACGACACUACAGAAACAGACACAGACACAAAUACCCCCGCAUACUUGAAUCUCUGCACACCUACCCAGACCUACCGCGUGCGCCAAGUCCAAUCUUCGAAUUCCCUACAUCUUCUCACACCCGGUCGUGGCGCAAUCCAGAAACGGGAUUCACGUAUUGUGGGCGAACAAGCGGCAGAGACCAACAACAAUGACCCAGUGACAUCGAUUGCGAAAUGCGGAUCAACCUUGGAACUAGAUACCCCCGUCGCAGGCUUUUCCGCCGCGCCGUUUCUGAAGCGGCGCAUGAGGGUAUAUAGCCGAGAGAACAUCGAUACCGGGAGCCGCACAACAACCCUGCCCGAGGACCUCGACCCCUCGGCGCGAAGGGACGCCAUCGAGCGCGUUUUCGACGAUAUCCCUGUGUCCAGGAGACAGUGCGAAGCGGGCUGGGUGGAUGCUUGUGCGUUUCUCCUGGGCGCGCCGUCGGUCACGGGGUGGGUGCCCUCGGCGCAGGUGAAGCUUGCGGUGUGGAAGCGGUUGCUUGAGGGGUCGGUGCUUCAUGGGAUAGACCUGGGGAAGCAGUUUCUGGUGCGGGAUCUGUGGAGGUCUGUGCUUGAUGAGGAUGGUGGCGACGAGCCGUUUCCGCGGCCGCUGUUUGAGGCUGUUGUGCGGAGGGUUUGUGAGUCUGGAGGUCAGAAAGGGAACGCGUUCGAGUCGGAGAUGAAGUGGGCGAGUAUCGAUAAAUCCAUUUGUGUACAGUGGGUUGGGGAGACGGGUUUAGAGGCUGAGGCGCCUACUGCUGGCUCUGCUGUUGACCAGACUGCCUACUUGAAUGCCUGGAAGGACCAUCUCCCUGAGACUUGGAGAGGGGAUGUUUCAUUAUCGAAAUUACCUGAAAACUACUACUUGCACCCGGAGCCAAAGACCAUUUGCUUUGCUACUGAAACAGAUCGACAGAAAGUCAAAAAGAACCUCCCAACCGAUACUAGUGCUGCUGUUGCCGCUAAGAAAUCAAGAAACUGGCAUGAGUUGUUUAAAAACCAAAAACGACAGAAACGAUAA